AUGUCUGUAGACUUCACUGAAAAGGCGAUUGAAUUGUUUAAGCGGGGUGCCGCAUUUGAUGAAAAGAAGGAGUACGAAGAUGCGUACCACUGGUACAUGGAGUCCAUUGAGGUCUUCAUGACGGCCAUAAAGUACGAGAGGAAGAACCCUGCUAAAAAGACGUUGCUGAAGAACAAAGUGCGCGAAAUCAUGGAGCGCGCAGAGAAGAUCAAGGAGUAUCUGGACAAUGCUAAUGGUGCGGGUGCCACUUCGCAAAAGUCAGCCUUGAACAAGGGUGAUGAUGAUGACGAUAGUAAGGACAAACAGCGCUUGCGCAAGGGCCUCUCGGGUGCCAUUGUGCGCAUGAAGCCCAACGUGAGCUGGUCGCAGAUCGCCGGUCUGGAGGGGGCGAAGGAGGCGCUCAAAGAGGCAGUGAUUCUCCCUCUCCGCUUUCCGCAGCUUUUCACUGGCAACCGCAAGCCGUGGAAGGGUAUUCUCAUGUACGGCCCGCCUGGUACCGGCAAGUCAUACCUCGCCAAGGCUGUUGCGACGGAGGGUGACGGCACAUUUCUCAGCGUCAGCAGUGCCGACUUGUUAUCGCGAUGGUUGGGUGAGUCCGAGAAGCUUGUGCGAAACGUUUUCGAAAUGGCUCGCGAGGCGUAUCGCGAGGAAGGGAAACCUGCUAUUAUAUUUAUUGAUGAAAUCGACUCCCUCUGUUCCUCGCGGUCGGACGGUGAAAACGAUUCUACACGCCGCGUCAAGACGGAGUUUCUGGUGCAGAUGCAAGGCGUGGGCCACGAAGACGAAGGUGUGCUCGUGUUAGGCGCCACGAACACCCCGUGGGACCUUGACAGUGCGGUGCGACGCCGUUUUGAGCGCCGUAUAUAUAUUCCACUACCUGAAGUUCAGGCGCGGUGUCAGAUGUUCAAAAUUCACCUUGGAGACACACCGAACAAUCUGUGCGAAAAUGAUUGGUACGAAUUGGGGAAGAUGACAGAAGGGUACAGCGGCAGUGAUAUCAACAUUGUUGUGCGCAAUGCGAUGAUGGAGUCUGUUAGGACCGUGCAGGUGGCUACACACUUUAAGCGUGUGAGGGGUCCGGACCUUCUUGACCCAACACGAAUGGUGGACGACCGCCUCGUGCCGUGCUCGCCGGGUGACCCAGCAGGCUUCCCGAUGACGGCGCAGGAGCUUGAGCACCCGGAGCUACUUAUGUCGCUGCCUGUGACGAUGCAGGACUUCGUCAAGGCCCUGCGCACCGCUCGCCCGUCCGUCUCUGAGACCGACGUUGUGCAACACAUCAAGUUCACCGAGGAGUUUGGCCAGGAGGGUUAG